AUGGCCCAGCAUUACGAGAGACUGAAGAGGACUACGCUAAAGGAUCUGCUGGAAGCCCGAGGUCAGGUGGCAAGCAACAAAAAGAAAGCUACCCUCAUAGCAGAACUUAUGGAGGGGGACCAAACCAGCAGCAUGGCGAAUGUCAGCCAGGAGGAAGCAGAGUUCCAACAGAAGGUGAUGUGGAGGCUAAACCUAUAUGGGCCAAAUCCCCCACCAGAGAUGGUGACGCAAGUCCUGGAGCAGGUGAGCGCAGAACGCAGAGCACAACAGGCAAGCGUAAACCAGGGAGACUCCGCUUCCUUAGCCGGAUCUAUAAAUGGAGGGCAGCGGAGAAAGAUCAACUAUGCUGCGUUUAAAAGUUUUUCGGAUGGAGAAAUGGAAAUUGACGCAUACCUACAAGAUUUCGAGCGUCAAUGCGCUUUGGAGGGUCUGGAAUCGGAGCAGUGGACCACGAUUCUAAGCAGCAAACUCACGGGCCGAGCAGCAGAGGCAUACCGAGCAGUUCCUGAUACAGCCAUACACGACUACGCCAGGGUAAAAGACAUUCUGCUAGCCAGGUAUGCCGUGACCCCAGAGACUUACAGGAAAAAGUUUCGGGCAUUACGGAAAAGGGGCCGAGACUCCUACACCGAAUGGGCUUUUAGGAUGUAUCGGGCGGCCCAAAACUGGAUACAGGGCUGCCAGGCCACAACGCUAGAGGAGGUGCUACAACUCUUCUUGCUAGAACAAUUUUUUGACCACACACCUGCAGACACCAAGGACUGGGUCAGAGACAGGAAGCCGGCCACAAUCGAGGAAGCGGCCAAGCUGGCAGACGAGCAUUACGAGGGAAGAAAAGGAGAGGCUAGUGGAAACCGCUCUCUGGUAAGGUCCAGCACCCCAACGCCAGGUCCUGUGACCCACCACCGACCGAACGCGGUACCACCCACGACACCCCCUAAUUUUAACCGGAGACCGCCAUUGGUAUGUCACCAAUGCAAUCAGCCAGGGCACUACAAGAUACAUUGCCCUCAGCGGAGCAGAGGCAAUUGGGAGCGGCCAUCACCACCCCCACCGAGGGCAGCCGCCCAUCACUAUCAGCAUGAGCCGCUGGAAGACCACAGUCCUGAAUCUGAGAAAUGGACCGUACUACAUGAGGUGAACCUAGCACAAGCCGAGGGGGACAACCGGAUGCACCACAGACAAUGGGUCACAGUAGAUGGAAAGGAGGCUGAGGCACUACGAGACUCUGGGGCCACCCUCACGCUGGUGCAGCCUCCCACCGUAUCUGCGAAGGCACGCACCAACAGGACUGUUGCAGUAAGAGUGGCAGGAGGCGCCAUCCACAAACUACCCACAGCCCAAGUGCAGUUAAAUUGGGGCACCGGAGUCAAGCAGAUGGAAGUAGGCAUUAUGUCGGACCUACCUGCGGAAGUAUUGUUGGGGAACGAUUUGGGGUGCCUAACUUCACAGCUGCUUACCCCAGAUCCCGCUGGAACCUGCCCUGUGACUACCAGGGCGCAAGCCCGCCGAGCUGGACAGAUGCACUCCGAGGAACCACAGGUAGGAACCGAAAACCCUGUAGUAUGCCCUGACCCUAUACCCUUCUGGGGCACUCCACAAGACUUUGGCCAAGCCCAGCAGUCAGAUCCCACCUUAGCAGGUUACAGGAAGGCCGUAGGUACCCCUAAGGAAGGUAAUGCUCAAGAGAACUUCCACUGGGACAAGGGACUGCUAUAUAGGGUCACAGGGGGAGUGGGAAGUGGGGCAGCACAAGUUAUAAAAAGGCAGCUAAUUGUACCCCGCAAAUACAGAGCAGAGCUUCUAAAGCUCAGCCAUGAUAUCCCGCUAGCCGGACAUCUGGGUAUCAAGAAAACUAAGGAUCGCCUUACCCAGACGUUCUUCUGGCCAGGGAUAUCAAAAGACUUGCAGACGUACUGCAGGACAUGUGACACGUGUCAAAGGAUAGGGAAAAGGGGGGACCACCCCAAGGCCAAGUUACGGCCCCUACCUAUAAUAGAGGAACCAUUCUACAGAGUGGCAGUAGAUCUGAUAGGGCCCCUCAACAAACCCAGCGCCUCCGGAAGGCGCUACAUCCUCACGGUGGUGGACUAUGCCACCAGGUACCCUGAGGCUGUGGCGCUCUCCAACAUUGAGGCGGAGACGGUAGCAGAGGCUCUAGUCAGGAUCUUUUCUCGAGUAGGAUUCCCCCGGGAAAUACUCUCAGAUCAGGGAACCCAGUUCACGGCAACUGUCACUCAACAGUUGUGGCAGAGCUGCGGGGUGAAACCGUUAUUUAGCUCCCCCUACCACCCCCAGACCAACGGCCUUUGUGAACGAUUCAACGGCACGCUUAAGCAGAUGCUUACAGCGUUCACAGAGUCCUGCGGUCAGUGGGAGAAAUUUCUACCCCAUCUCCUGUUUGCCUACCGGGAAGUGCCCCAGGCGUCGACUGGGUUCUCCCCCUUCGAACUCCUAUAUGGGAGAAAAGUCCGGGGACCCCUGGACCUCAUACGGGAGCACUGGGAGGGCAACACAGGAGAGAAAGGGAUCCCGGUUUUGCCGUACGUGCUGGAAUUCCGGGACCACCUGCGGGCACUGACCGAAUCAGUUCGGGAGAGCUUACAGGCGGCCCAGAAACGACAGAAACAAUGGUAUGACCGGGGAGCACGAGAUAGGAACCUGGAAGUAGGGCAAAAAGUAUUAGCCCUCAGACCAUCCAAAAAGGACAAGCUACAGGCAGCGUGGCAGGGGCUAUUUAAAGUGGUGGAACGGAUUAGCGAUACCACCUAUAUUGUGGCCAAAUGUUCGGAUGAAAGGAUCAGACGAGCUUUUCAUGUGAACAUGUUGAAACCGUACUUCGAGCGAUCCGAGGACGUGGCCACUAUCUGUGCCCCGUCCACGGACGAUACUGAAGGACUCCCCUUACCCAACCUGCUGGCAGCUAACCAAGGUAGCCUAGAGCAAGUUGGGUUGGGGGAGAAACUAAAUCUCACACAGCAGACGGACGCAAAACAACUGCUGCAGGAACACGAUGGGCUGUUCUCGGUCCGACCCGGAUACACCUCCGCCGCAGUACACCGGGUGGAGACGCAGGGGGAGACCCCAUUACGACAGCAGCUGUACCGUAUCCCGGCAGCAGUACGGACCAGCAUGUGGAAAGAAAUCCAAGAAAUGUUGGAGUUAGGAGUUAUUGAGCCUUCCCAAAGUCCCUGGGCAUCCCCAGUGGUUUUAGUACCGAAGCGAGACGGUACGAUUCGUUUCUGUAUUGAUUACCGGAAACUGAACGACCGGACUAUCACUGACGCAUACCCCAUGCCACGGAUCGACGAAUUGCUCGAUCGCAUGGCCAGCGGUCACUUCCUAACUACCCUGGACCUGUGCAAAGGGUAUUGGCAAAUUCCGCUAGACUCGGCCGCCAUCCUCAAGUCGGCAUUCGUCACCCCAUUCGGGCUAUACCAAUUUCGGGUUAUGCCUUUUGGGAUGAAAAAUGCCCCGGCUACGUUUCAACGGAUGGCAGACCAACUUCUGGAGGGAAUGCAGGACUUCGCAUGUGCCUACCUGGAUGAUAUUGCCAUCUAUAGCGGCACCUGGGAGGAGCACUUGACGCACUUGGCUUUGGUAUUUAGGAGGUUACAAGAAGCCGGUCUCACCCUGAAACCCGAGAAAUGCCAUGUGGGCAUGGCAGAGGUUCAAUACCUAGGGCAUAGAGUAGGGUCUGGGAAACAGCGCCCCGAACCCGCGAAAGUAGAGGCCAUAGCCAAUUGGCCCCAGCCCCGCACCAAGACGCAGGUAUUGGCAUUCCUAGGCACUGCAGGGUAUUAUAGAAAGUUUGUCCCGGAGUAUAGCACCCUAGCCAAGCCCCUCACCGACCUGACCAAAAAGUCCCUACCCAAGCAGGUAGCCUGGUCCCCGGAGUGUGCAACAGCGUUCCAGGGACUUAAGACGGCUUUGAGUGAAGCUCCAGUAUUGGCGGCCCCAGACCCUACCAAAACAUUUCUCGUCCAUACAGAUGCCUCCAUGUUUGGGCUGGGAGCCGUACUGAGCCAAGUGGGGGAAGACGGCAUGGAGCACCCGGUGGCAUACCUCAGCCGCAAGUUAUUACCUCGGGAGGUCAGCUACGCCACCGUGGAAAAGGAGUGCCUAGCUCUAGUAUGGGCCUUAAAGAAGCUCCAACCGUACCUUUAUGGCCGUGCCUUUACCCUACUCACUGACCACAACCCCCUCAUCUGGCUCAACCGAGUCUCUGGAGACAAUCCCCGGUUGCUGCGCUGGAGUCUAGCGUUGCAGCCCUACAAUUUUACACUGCAAUACCGCCCGGGCAAGCAGAACGGCAAUGCGGAUGGGCUUUCCCGCCAAACCGACUUGGAAGUAUAAUUUUGACCCGGACAUCCCCUAGCCAACCCGGCAGGGUCUAGGCGGGUAUGCCGACCCAUGGAACUAAGGGGGAGUAUUGUGAAGAAAAUAGACUUUAUUCUGGACUUUCUCAUAGGUUCUGUUUGUUUUUUAAGAAC